AUGUUGAAAGCCGUUCGCACGCGAAAUUUGCGGUUUUACUCUGUCAACCACCCUCCCUCGUACUUCAGGAACCCGGCAGAGCCGCCCAAGACGCUGGACCAGCUGCGACGGCCCGCCGUGGGCCCGCCAGAGCCCCCGAUCUCUAGCUCUCAAAAGCUGAAAAAUCUUGGGAUCGGGUUCGGGAUCGGAUUUGCGUCGCUCACCAUCAGCGUCACGCUGGGCAUCCUGCUCUACGAGCUGCUGGAAAAGUUGCAAGAGAACGAGAGACAGCUUGCCUUACUCCGCAAAAAUCAGAAGGAGAUGCUCAUCCAGAUGCAGAACUACAAGAAGAAGAUCACGCUUGCCUCGGUGGAAAAUUCCAAGAAACACAUGAUGAUCCAGGGCAAGAUGCAAAUGCACAUUGCACUAUUGAGACAGCAAUUGAUAGACCAAGGCAUCGAUCCGGUGAGCAUCGACGAGGCCAUAGAAAAAUUCGAGGAGAACGUCCGCAUGGAAACCACGCCCACCACGAUCAACCUGUGGGUUCCUGGAGAAUCUCGCUUGAAAUCACUAAUACCGGACGCUCACGAAUAUACCAAAAAUAAAUAG